AUGAAUCAAUCGAAGGAUCCCUUCGAGGCUGCGUACGAGGAGCAGGAAGAAUCCCCGCCCGAUUCACCGCUUGCCCCUGCGGACUACGACCGCCGACCAGCUUCUCCUCCUUCCGCUGCUGCACCCGCUUCUCAGAACGCAGCCACCGCCCCAGAUGACGAAGAAACCGAGCAUGUCAAUCCUUCCGACCCUUCGCCUUCGGCUCCCGCCUCGGCCUCCGCUAAAAUUAAGGGCAAGAGCAAGGAGGAAGACGAAGAUGAAGAGGAGGAGAACAUGGAAGUUGAGCUAGCUAAGUUCCCUGCAAGUGGCGACCCUAAUAAAAUGGCCAAGAUGCAAACUAUUCUAUCACAGUUCACAGAAGACCAGAUGACUAGAUACGAAUCGUUCCGGAGAUCUGCCCUUCAGAAAGCUACCAUGAGAAGGUUGUUGGUAAGCAUUACAGGGUCACAAAAGAUUUCUAUGCCAGUAACCAUUGUAGUUUGUGGGAUAGCCAAAAUGUUUGUCGGCGAACUUAUUGAAACAGCAAGAAUGGUGAUGACAGAAAGAAAUGAAUCUGGACCAAUAAGACCUUGUCACAUUAGAGAAUCGUAUAGAAGACUAAAGCUCGAAGGGAAAGUACCAAAAAGAUCAGUGCCAAGGCUCUUCCGUUAG